AAUGCUAGAUAAUAUUUUCUUAUAAAACUAGGAUUUUGGACCAGAGCGAGCGGGACGCAAAUGUCUACGGAAAUGGAGUUCGAGAAGCCGCCGCCGGGCGCCGUAACGACGCCCCUGUUGAUCGAGAAGGCGAUGAAUUCGACGGCCCAGGAAGUGGACCCGCGCAUCCUCAAGGCCAUCAAGUCGGCAGCCCGCUUCUCUGACGAGGAGAUCCGCGCCGCUGUGGAUGCCCUAAUGGACCAGAUGAAGAAGCCCCACUCCCAGGUGCGCUACCUUGCAGUUCUUAUUAUUGAUGAAUUGUUUAUGCGUUCAAAGCUUUUCAGAAGCCUCUUUGUGGUCAAUUUGGAUCAGUUUUUGAGCCUAAGUGUUGGUUUUAGGAAAAAUCUUCCUCUACCUCCCCCUUCAGCAAUAGCUACAAAUUUGCGCUCAAAGAGCAUAGAACUAUUGGAGAAAUGGAAUGCUUCUUUUGGAAUCCAUUACAAACAACUCAGAUUGGGUUUUGAUUACCUAAAGGAUACUCUAAGGUAUCAGUUUCCAAAUCGUCUCGAAAAUGCAGCUCGACUGCAACAGGAGAGAAGAGAAAGACACCUGAGAACAAUGCAGAUUCUUCUCAAUAAAUUUGAAUAUCUGAAGGAAAACUUUACCUCUAUCAAAUUUGAUAUUCAGUCAACAGUAGAUGAAAUAGGAGAAUGUUUGGAGAUUGCUAAUGCCAAAGAAGAAAAUGCUUUUGAAUUCCCUGUUGAUGGUGAUGAAGUUGAAGAACUCAACUCACUUACAUUACGCCAAAUACGUCUAGAAUCUUUGAGGGAGGGAGAGAAGGUUCAGGAAAACAGCGAAAACAAGGCAAUCUUUGAUGCAUUAAGGGAAUCACACAAGCUUCUUAUCACAAAGCAUUUGUCAUCUGUGAAAGAGUGGAUAUCCAUCCUUGUGAGAGUCGAUGCAACUGACAACAAAUUCAGAGAUACUGCAUUAAAAGAAUUCAUCGAUCUUCGUAAUCUCAUUCAAUCACUCGAGAAAAAAUGCACUGAUUUGGGUAUUGUUCUUGAUCCAAGCAUCGCUCAGAAAGAAGAUGAAGAUUUGUGGGAAGAAGGGAAGAUAGAGGAUUACAAGCCAGAGUGUACUACUGCUUCCACAAGUACAACUGAGGACUUCUUCACUAAACCAGCGAACCAAAAGAAUGAAAAUACAGCUUCAGUGGAGAGCGAGACUUCUGCUGGUAACUUUGUAAGUUCAAUAACUGACAGGGAAAAACUCUUAGCUGAGGCACCUGUAUUGACAUGGAGUCCUUUCAUGCUUGACAAAUGUGCUGCCCAAAGUGGGGUUUUAGCUAACCAGAGGGGCUUAGAGAUCGAGGGUCAUUGGGGUAGAGUGGAUCCAGAUGCCAUGAUCCCUGCAGAAAAAAUUGCAGAGCUUAAUUUUCAUUGUACAGUGUAUAAAGAACAACCAGUUGAGAUCCGGCCAUGCCUUGCGCCUCUUAAAAAGGGUGGUCUCUGCCAGAGAAGAGACUUGAAGGUGUGCCCUUUCCAUGGACCUAUUAUACCACGAGAUAAUAAUGGCAAUCCUAUAGAACAAGGUUUGAAGACUGUAGUGAGUGAUAGUCAGCCUUCUCAGGAAGUCGGUGAAGAACUAACAGGGAAGGAGUCUUUUACAGAGGCAAUUUACUUAAAAACUGAGCAAGCAGACUUACAAGAUUCUCGAUGUCCAGGCAAAGAAGUGAUUGAAAAACUUGCUAAACAGGCAGUGAAGAAUGUGCAUGAGCGAGAUAGAGAAGCAAAGGCAUUGAAGCGAGCAAAACUUGCGAAGAUUCGCAAGCACAACGAAGAAGUAUUACGAGAUUCUGCAAUUGCUUCAACAUCAUAUUCAGAACUUUUUGCUGAGCAUAGUGUAGAAGCAUUGCGUGAUAAUGGAGCUGGUGUCAAGGUGAAGAAAACAACACUAGCAUCAAUGCUGAAGAAGAAAGUAACUGCAAAAGAUCGAAUAGCUCGGAGGCUUUUGGGCUCCCGAGCAACUGAUGCUUCAAGUAGACAGGUUACACUGGGUGAGGAUUCCAAGUACAGAGAAGCUUUUCCCAACCAAUGGUAGGAAAAAUAAUUUGUGCAUCAACUGUUCAAAUAUACUUUUGUUAGAUUAUAUGCUCUCAUGUGACCAUCAAUUUGCUUUUUAUUUUUUAUUUAUUUGGCAAGAUAGGUGAAUCGCUUGAACCACAAUGUAAGUCUAUUCAUGGGGACAAUUUCUGCAGCAUUAUUGUGUCAUACUUGAACAUUAUGGGAGAGAGUUAUUGAGCAUAGGUUAUGACGUGAAACUAAUAUUUCACAAAAUUAAUUUGGAUUCA